GGGUCGCUUGGCGCCAAUUGCUGACCGCCACAGCCAGGGCCAGCCUCGCAGGUUCCCGGGUGGUGCGCGUUCGCUGUCUCCUCGGCUCCGGGAUGAUCGGCCAGAAGACGCUCUACUCCUUCUUCUCCCCUAGCCCCGCCAGGAAGCGACGCGCCCCCAGCCCCGAGCCGGCCGUCCUGGGGACUGGCGUGGCGGCCGUGCCUGAGGAGAACAGAGAUGCGGCGCCGCCGCUGUCCCCCAUGGGCCGCCAUGCUGAGGGAUCAGCCAAUGGGGACGCGCCUCUGCGGCCAUGGCGCCAAUCCAUAUUGAAGCUUCUGGCUCUUCUUUUUGUCUCUCGCCCCGCCAUAGACCUCUGCCCCCCCACACCCCCACGUGCUUCUUCCAGCUCUCACCAGAAGCCCACGGGCCACGUUGCGGGCCCCAAGCUAGCAGUGGCCGCGGCUUGUUGCUCUGGAUCCGGUGCCAACCCUGCUCAGCACUCAGCGCGCGAGGAGGGCGGGCUAAUGGGAUUUGUUGCAGAAGAAAGAAAGCAUUACACUGUUUAUCCACCCCCACACCAAGUCUUCACCUGGACCCAGAUGUGUGACAUAAGAGAUGUGAAGGUUGUCAUCCUGGGACAGGAUCCGUAUCAUGGACCUAAUCAAGCUCACGGGCUCUGCUUUAGUGUUCAAAGGCCUGUUCCGCCUCCGCCCAGUUUGGAGAACAUUUAUAAAGAGCUGUCUACAGACAUAGAGGAUUUUGUUCAUCCUGGCCAUGGAGAUUUAUCUGGAUGGGCCAAGCAAGGUGUUCUCCUACUCAACGCUGUCCUCACGGUUCGGGCCCAUCAAGCCAACUCUCAUAAGGAGAGAGGCUGGGAGCAAUUCACCGAUGCAGUUGUGUCCUGGCUAAAUCAGAACUCAAAUGGCCUUGUUUUCUUGCUCUGGGGCUCUUAUGCUCAGAAGAAGGGCAGUGCCAUCGAUAGGAAGCGGCACCAUGUACUACAGACGGCUCAUCCCUCCCCUUUGUCAGUGUAUAGAGGGUUCUUUGGAUGUAGACACUUUUCAAAGACCAAUGAGCUGCUGCAGAAGUCUGGCAAGAAGCCCAUCGACUGGAAGGAGCUGUGAUCAUUGGCUGAGGGUGGCCUUUGAGAAGCUGCUGUUAACGUAUUUGUCAGUUACGAAGUUCCACUGAAAAUUUUCCUGUUAAUUCUUAAGUACUCUGCAUAAGGGGGAAAAGUUUCCAGAAAGCAGCCACAAACCAGGCUGUCCGGGAAUGGCAGCUGUAUCCAGCCACAAACAGCAAAGGCUACCCUUUGACUAAAUGUCUUUCUCUGCAACAUGGCUUUGGCCUAAAAUACGCAAACUUUUCAGAAGACAGAUGAGGUCAAAUACUCAGUUGGCUGUCUCUAUCUCCCUUGCGUUUAUGGCGAAAGUGGGGAGAUGUCCACCUUUCAGGCACAGCCCUAGUUUGGCGGCUGCUGCUCCUUGGUUUUGCCUGGUUAGACUUUCAGUGACAGAUGUUGGGGUGUUUUUGCUUAGAAAGGUCCCCUUGUCUCAGCCCUGCAGGGCAGGCAUGCCAGUUUCUGCCAGUUCCACUGCCCCCUUGAUCUUUUAAGGUGUCCCCUUGAUCUUUGAAGGAUCUUUGAAGCAUAAGGAUGUUUUGCAGCUUUCCAGAAUCUGGCCCAGAAAUUAGGGCUCAAUUUGCUGAUUGUAGUAGAGGUUAAGAUUGCUGUGAGCCUUAUCAGAUAAGGGGCCAAGAGAAGUAAACUGGGUCUUGUUAUUCCUUGGGCGUUGGUGGAAUAAGCAGUGGAAUUUGAACAAGAGGAGAAAAGGGAAUUUUGUCUUUAUGGGUUAGGGGUGAUUUUCUCCUAGGGCUAUCUCCAGGUGGGGUUUUUAAGGCAGCACAGACUGCCAAGUGCUGUUGUUUUAAGCGACUGAAAUCACUUUGGGAUAUUUUUUUCUGCAACACUGGAAAGUUUUAGUUUUUUAAAAAGUACUCAUGCAGAUAGAUAUAUAUAUAUUUUUUUCCCAAUCCUUUUUUUAAGAGACAGUCUUUAUUGAGUCUGCACCUCCGUCUUUGACCUUGUUAGCAAUGCUGUUUAUGCUGUUAGUCGGGUUAGAGUUGGCCCUACGCGAGGUUUGUUAAUAAAAGUUUGUUAAAAGUU